AUGGCACUUGUAGACCUCCCUAUUACCAUGACAGUUCAUACCAUCAACGUUUUCCUCGAGAACGUACCCAAACCGACCCUUAAGACUGACUUGCCUGGCCCCAAGCAACGCAUCGAGAGGACCGAGCAGCUGAUCUAUUGCAACACCUUGUUGCUUCAGGAUUCGCUUUCUCUCUCCUUGUCUGAGCAGGAACCCACUCUUGACAAGACUGAGCUGGCCUGGCUGGCAGAGAUCAUGGAAGACCCGAUAGAGCGAGAUCGUCUACAAUGGCAGGCAAAUUUUAUGGUGGAGUCGUUCAUCCAGGAGGACAAGGACUCUACCAAGAUCGCCGAGAUCGUCGCCCUUGGACCCAUCUUGCAGCAGGAACCCUACCGCAAGUUGGUGUCUUCUUUCAUCAAGGAGUUUGGCGAUUCUCGCCUUCUGGACGUUGAUGUGCUCCAGGGCCUUGUCCAGCUGGUACAGUCUUCCUCACCAGGGUACCUUGUCUCUGAUGACGUGAUCAUGAUCCUCGGUCUUCUCAGGAUCCGUUUGCAAGACCCCCACCAGCAGUCAUCUGAGCACCCUCACCAUAUCCAUCUGGCCAUCUCCAGGGUUCUCGAUGUCAUCGCCGACCACAAGGUCCAGGACGUAGACAGGGUCCUUGAACAUGAACCCUUGUUUGAGAUCUUGUCUGGACUGAAGGGCAGCUCCGACCCCUACCUCAUGUACCAGACCUGCUACGCGUUUCAGGCUCUCCAGUAUGUGCCAGAUAACGAGACCGUUCUGCAAGCCGUUUUGCGACGUUCACGAAGUGUGGUGGAUGGUGUGGUCAAGAUAUCGGCACUGGGCAAACUGGAUCUUGGGUUGGUGCUCGAGGGUCUUGAGAAUCUGCAGGAGGCACUGGGCGGCAUGAUAGGGGUUGCUGGCACUGUGUACGAAGGAGUGAGUUCCCUAAUGGAGAGCGGUCGAGGGGUCAUGGAGAGUUUGAAGGAGAGAUUCAAAGCCGGCGAGAAGAGACCUUGGUAUGCCGCCAUCCGUGCCGCCUACGCGUUUGCGCAAGCAGGCCAGCUGAGGGAUCUGAAUCAUCUGAUCUGCGAAGCCCCCUGUCGUCGCGAUCCCUUGUUUCAGUGGGGUAUCUGCCAGUCGCUGGGCGAAAUUGCGGUCGAUCCUCUGUGGUCAGUUGCCUCUCGCCAGCAAGCAAUCGUUCUUCUUGGCCGUCUCUACAACGAGGAUCCAGACUGGGGCGUGGAUGAGAGUGUCAAGGCGUGGAUGCUAACCAUCGCCGACAGGCUGAUAUCCAUCAACGACCUGGAUGUUGCCGCCAGUGCUCGGAUCCUGAAACAGGAGCUCGCCUCUGAGAACAUUCCUAUGAUCCAGCUCCAGUGCCCACUGAGGUCUCGCCUGCCGACCCCAGCCAAGUCUCCGAUCCUUGCAAAGGUCCAGAAUAUCUCUGACCUCGAGUACGAUCUGCGCAACCUUCGAUCGCUACAGCUCCAUGAUUAUGAAGUACGAGGGGUUUACCUCCUUCCGCAGGCCAAGCCGUCCCUCCGGGCUAUGGAUGAUGAGCUGUUCCCUCUGCUGGAGAAGGUGUUGGAGUUUCUUGCCAGUGACCGUCAAGUCAUGUUGAUUUUGGGAGACUCUGGUUCCGGCAAGUCAUCAUUCAAUCGACACUUGGUGCACCUACUUUGGACAGAGUACAAGCGAGGUGGGCCCAUUCCUCUGUUCAUUAACCUGGCCUCUAUCGACGAUCCUCAGCGCGACAUGGUCAGCAAGCAACUGCAGUACCUCAGGUUCUCGGACGAACAAAUCUGUGAGCUCAGGCUUCGGCAUCAGUUUAUUCUCAUUUGCGACGGUUACAAUGAGGGCCAACUGGUCACCAACCUUCACUCUACCAACGAACUCAACCGGCCCGGACAAUGGAACGCCAAGAUGGUCAUCAGCUGCAGGAACCAGUAUCUCGGUCAGAACUACCGUUACCGCUUUGAACCUUAUUCAGCUAAUAGCAGGGUGCCCUCUGAUCAUGGACUCUUUGAGGAGGCUGUCAUUGUCCCAUUUUCCAGGACUCAGAUCAAGGCGUAUGUGGAGCAGUAUGUUUGCCUCGAGCCACGUACCUGGACUACACAGGACUACAUGGACAAGCUGACCUCUAUCCCCAACCUCAUGGAAAUCGUCAAGAACCCUUUCCUUCUGACUCUUGCUAUGGAAGCGCUGCCGAAUAUCACAGAGGGCAUGAAGGAUCUGUCGACUAUCAAGAUCAUGCGUGUUCAUCUGUACGACACGUUCAUCAAGCAUUGGCUGGGUGUCAACAAGAUUCGGCUUCAAGAGAUCCCAUUGUCCAAGGAGAGUCGGAAAGCACUGGACCUACUUGUGGAUAUAGGAUUUACUUCCUUAGGAAUUGCCUAUGCUACCAGACUGGCGUCGGCGAUCUUCGAGCACCAGGGUGCCAACCCGGUGGUCCUGUAUACGGACCUCAGGGACAGGGGGUCGUGGAAGGCCGAGUUUUUUGGCUCUGAUCCUAUGGCCCGAAUGCUGCGAGAAGCGAGCCCGCUGACCCGCUCUGGAAGUUCUUACCGUUUCGUGCAUCGGUCAAUGCUCGAGUAUUUUUUCUCUCUUGGUGUCUUUGAUCCCAGUAACUUUGGCGAAAAAGACGAAUUUUCUCCGCAGUCCGAUGUUGGGUCCACUAGCCCUGCGUUGUUCGAUGCCGAAGGUCCCUUGUUCAGGCACAGCCUCCUCGCCGAGCCAUCGAUCAUCCAGUUCUUAUGUGACCGAGUACAGCAAAGCACCUCCUUCAAACAACAACUUUUUGCGAUCAUCAAGGAGUCAAAAUCAAACCUUGCAGCAAGUCGAGCAGCAGCCAAUGCCGUGACUAUCCUGUUCAAGUCUGGUGUUCGACUAUGUAGUGUUGAUAUGCGAGGGGUUCGGAUUCCUGGGGCGGAUCUGUCAGGGGGUGAGCUCGACUCGGUUCAGUUUCAAGGUGCCGAUAUGACCGGGGUCAAUCUUUCCCGGAGCUGGCUGAGGCGGGCGGAUUUCAGCAACGCGGUCAUGUCCGGAGUGCAGUUUGGAGAGUGGCCGUUUUUCAGUGUCAAUAAGGAACCGACAGCCUGCGCCUACUCGAACGACGGAGAUACCCUUGCUGUUGGGCUGGCUUCUGGUGAUAUCAACGUUUAUGACACCGCAACAUGGACAGGAACCCGUACCCUCUCUGGCCACUUCAAGGCUGUAACAGGGCUUUCGUAUCAUCCGACCAGCCACCAACUUUUCUCAGCAAGCAGAGAUGGCACGUUGAGAGUUUGGGAUCUUAAGUCUGGCAUAUCUGAGCAAACCUUUGGCGGACAGGGGGGUGUCGUUUCAAGCAUAGCGGUUUCUCCUGAUGGUCAGCAGCUGGCAACGGGUGGAGCUGACAAACUGGUCAGACUGUGGUUCUCCGACAACUUAUCACCGGUCCGCUGCCUUCCAGGACACAUUGAUGCGGUAAAAUGUCUAGCAUAUUCACCUAACGGCUCCGUGUUGGCUUCGGGCAGCAGCGACAAAACAGUUCGACUUUGGGACACCAGCAGCGGCAACAAUACUUCCACCUUGAAGGGCCACACCGACAGCAUUUCCAGCAUUGCCUACUCGCCGAAUGGACAGUAUUUUGUUUCCGGCAGCAAUGACACCACCGUGCGUAUAUGGGACGUGUCAACUGAAAAGUCACUCGCCAUGCUUACCAACCACACUGACCGCGUCUCAUCUGUCGCCUAUUCUCCAGACGGCCAAUACAUCGUGUCUGCCAGCUGGGACAUGACCGUGCGCAUUUGGCGUUCGUUUUCACCCUUCAAUCAAGUAUCCGUCCUACGAGGUGCAACCAAGAUCAUCACUGGCCUCUCCGUCUCCCCAGCUGGUCUUGCCCAAGUCGCCGCAUGCUGCAACGACAAAACCAUCCGUUUGUGGGACGCCACUCCAAGUGUCUCGGAUACUUUCGCGAGUGAAACAGUGACUGAGUCGAACGGACACAUCGGAGGAGUCUCAGCAAUAGCCAUCUCGCAUGACGGACAGCAGCUCGCUACUGGUGGCUAUGACACGACAAUCCGGACAUGCGACCCUACCACUGGAUACUCCCUAGGUUCCCCUCUUCGCGCUCACAAAAGAUCGGUCGCCGCGGUUGCCUUCUCUCCGACUGCCCAGGUCCUAGCCUCCGCUAGUUGGGAUCAUACCAUUCAUCUUUGGGACACUGAGCGGCGCGAGCUGAGCAAGGUCAUCCCUGGUCAUCUGGCCAGCGUUACCAGCCUGACUUUUCUCCCUUCUGGACAUCUCAUCUCGGGAAGCGCCGAUUGGACCAUUCGUCUUUGGAACCUGGGUUUGGACACCCAAGUGCCCAUUCGUACCUUCAAAGGUCACACUCAAGGCGUUCGGAGCGUGGCGUGUUCGCCCGAUGGAUCUCGGAUCGCAUCUGCCAGCGAAGACAGGACCGUGCGAGUUUGGACUUUGGCUGCUCAUUCAGAGGAGAGUGAAGUCGUCUUCAAGGGCCAUAGCGAUGUCGUGGCAUGUGUGACGUUUUCACCCGUGGGGCGCCAGAUCGCAUCCGCCAGCGGGGACAAGAGCAUUCUACUUUGGAACAUAGAAGGAGGUGGGUUGAAACAGACGGUUCUUCUUGGCCAUAAGGCAGGAGUUCAAUGUGUUGCGUAUUCUGCUUGUGGCCAGUACCUUGCAUCAGGAAGCGAAGACAACUCGGUCAUCGUCUGGAGUGUCUCGUCAGGCAGUAUAAUGACGGUUAUCGGAGACGUAUUUGGUGGCAUCUCAAGCAUAGUCUGGAAGCAGGGUGGGCUGGAGCUGAUUGUGGGUUGUAAGGAUGGCUCUGUUCGUGCCUGGAGGAUGUUGGUUGAGGAAGAUAGGGCUCAAGUCCAGUUGGAAUGGGGCACAGGGUUCGGAUACCUUGUUGCAACUGACGCCUGUAUCGAUGGAGUGUUGAAGCUGGGAAAUGUUGCGUUUAAGCUGUUAAAGCAGCGGUGUGCUGUUGGAGAAAUGUCGAGAGAGGACAACGAUAAUGAAAUUGAAGAGUAG